ACUCAGUGGUGCGACGCCAUCUCACCAGGAGGCAUUCAGAGAUCAUUGGCAGCUUCGCUUCGUGCUGUAACUCUAGCACCUCGACUGAUCAAGUUCAGGUUUGGGCGCUAAUCGUUAAUUCCGACUUGAAGAAUUUGGCCUCCUUCCUCCCCCUCCCACGUACACGUACCAACAACUCGAUUCGUCAUCCGGAGCCGGAAUGCAAUUUUCCUUUCAAAAGCUCAGAGAAACGGCCCUCUUUCGAGGGCUCGGGGACAUACACCCUUUUCAAACGCUCGGGGAUGUACUUCCCUUUCGAAAGCUCGUGGACGUACCUUUCUUCCGGAGGCUCGGGGACCUAUUUUCCUUUCAACAGCUCAAGGACAUGCCUUCCUUUCGAAAGCUCGGGGACAUAUUUCCCUUUCAAAAGCUCAAAGACAUACCUUACUUUCGAAAGCUCGGGGACAUAUUUUCCUUUCGAAAGCUCAGGAACAUACUUUCCUCUCUCAAAGACACAAUUUCGAAAUCCCUUUUACAGAAGAAUGACCACUUUUUAGGGAACAAUCUGCUUCUGAUUUCUUGUAUAUUGUUCCCUGUCGCAUUGUCUACGAUUACUUACAAAGUGUCCAUGCACCCUGUGGUGAGCCAUUACUUCCGGUAUGGAUCGGUCACUGCAGGGACAGCGAGGGGAUCUGUCGCUCGAAGGAUGGCUUUUGUUCGACGAUCCGAGAAUUAUGGGAGUGAUUCUGAAGGGAAUCCUUUCGAUGAUUUUAUAAUGCUUGACGGACAAUUUGACCCUGAUCGUCCAAUCAGUGAUUUAACCCUCUACCACGGGCGAGUGAUCGAGGGAUUGACAGUCACGUAUAAUUUGAGAGAUGGAACGACCCGAACUUCGAUUCAUGGAACACCGAACAGAGACCACCUCAAUAAUUUUACUUACCUCGAACUUAGCGAUAAAGAGAUCGUCAACUCUAUCACAGGAAAGGUGGGGGUGCGUGGAUCCUCUGAGAAAUCGUCGAUUGUCCGAUUGGCGUUCGAAGUACGAAAUACUGCGACUGGGAACAUUCGAUUUCUUGGGCCCUUCGGGGAUACGAGGGAUGACGGUCAAGGACAGGAUUUUGCAGUGCCUGGUCCAAUAUUCGCCUUUGCGGGCCGAGACUUUGGAGAUCAAGCGGGAUGAAAAACUUGGGCGACCAGAGGUUCGUGCUGAAGAUGAGGCCAAAGCUAAGAAGUUCCUUGAAGAAAACAGUCGUUUGGUCUCAGACCUCCCCGAGAAACAUCUGAAAGGAAUCGUGUGCGCGAAUAAUGACGACCGGUUGUCGUUCAAUAGAGCUGCGGGGAAGAACGCUGCAUUGGUCUCCCUGAAAUCGACCGUCAGCGACCGAGACCCUCAACACGAC